UAAAACAAUGACAAUUAAAGGGGGAGAGGCGAAGGGUUCUGGAACACUCUCCGUAUCUCUCUCUUUUCUCUCAUCAUAUCAGGACCAGAUCGGCUCACAUCCGGUUGAUGGAGGCUCAGGAGUUUGGAGAGAUGAUAAUGGAGCACGUCGACGAGGUCAAUUUCGCUCUCGAUGGCCUUAGGAAACCCCAGCCCGUACGGAUCAGAAGGGCUAGCUUGUUGUCCAUAUGCGCCACUUGUACAGCAGAGACGCCUCUUGCGGACUCAAGGAGAAAUUUGAUCUAUGCAGCCAGUCAAGGUGCUGAGGAAGCUUUCAAAAAGACUGUUGAAGUGGAUAGGCUGAUGGAUACACUGAGGGAUGCAAAUCCAAAUCAACUUCAGAAGCUUGUUGUUGAAAAUGUCCUUGCUUUCAAUGAAGGUUUUUGGAUACACCUUGCAGCAAGAACUGAUACCUGCAAAUCAGAGGAUGAUAAAAAGGAUUAUGAAGAAUUGGCUAUAUCUGUAAUGAGCAUAGUGGAUUGCCUUGUCCAUAAGACUAAGGAAAAAAUAGAGUCAUCCACUGAUGUUCUCAAGGAGAUACUAAAACCAGUGGUUGAUGAAGUGGAAGAGGUUCGCUGGCCUCCUAGAGAUCCCGAGGCCCUCAAAUUGAUGGAGAAAGAGAUAAACCAAAGGGAACAAGAAGGGCAACUAGAUGAAGGCUUUCUUUCAGAGGUCAAUGCACAGCUACGGCAAGCAAAAGAAGAUGUGGAUAAGCCAGGGCUGGAGGCUAUGUUGCAAAAGGUUUUGCAACUUUAUGCUUCCAGAGUUCUCUCCAAACGUAGUUAUGCAAAGAAAGGAGAAGAAGUUUUGAAGGCUGAGCAGUUUCUCCAAGCCAUAAUAAAAGCUCCAGAGGAAGAAUGGAACAAGCUUUUGAUCAAUGGAAUGACUGUUGGCAAAGGGGACAUUUCACCAGAUGAGUUUUACGCUGUCAUUAAAAAACGAAUUAAGCGGACUUUGAUCCGAACAGAGGGAGGAUCUUACCAGCAGCAUGUUCUUACGGAGUAUUUGAAAGGCAUCCAAUCAAGAGCGGAGGAGAUUGUCCAAGUACUUCAGGGCAAGCCAUAGUGGAAGCUACCUAGAAUUGAAGAUGAUUUGGUACCAUAAAUUAUCAGUACUGCACAAAAUGUGAUUUGUAGUGUAUACUGUAAAUCAGGGAGUGAAGAAAAGAAUACCUCAGAGUAGUCAAGGAGUUUUGCUGUGGAUACAAUUUUCCAGUCGACAACUCCUAUACGAGACAGUGAACAUUGCUUUUAGCACCUGAGUAUAUCCCUUUGUUGCAACAUUAUUCAUGUAGCACUGAUCAUACUUUUCUUGAUCAAUAUGUGUAUACAAUAUGUACAAUUAGGCCCGUAGAUGUAUACUAAUUGCAUCACCACAAAAACAUGCUUCUGUAAGAUUUCCCCCCUUAACAUAGUGGAGUAUAGUGGGUUUGGCUUGGGUUUA